GGAAGAUCCAAUGCAGCUUUGCCUUGAAGAUUAUAGCUAAGCAGGUGCUGAUGAUGGAAGUGUUAUCCUGUCUGUCCCAUGUUCUGGACACAUACCACCACAGCAGACCACUUCUUCAACCAUUGUGGGACCACCUGAAGAGCCAAUAUUCUGAAACUAUGAGGUCUCCACUCUUCCCUGUAGUCUUUACUGUGUCUUGCUACGUUAUCUUUUGCAUCCCCUACCUGAUCUUCAACAUCAUGGGCAGAAGGUGGCCCUUUAUUCACAAGUAUAAGAUCCAGCAAGACAGGAAUCCAACUGGACCAAUGAUUUUCCAUUGCCUUGGAGUGACUUUGUACAACCACCUGUUCUUCAUUUUCCCAGCUGCUGUCGCCCAGUGGUAUUGGAGACCUCCAUGUCCUCUGCCAGAAGAGGCUCCAAGCAUUUUGGAUAUUGCAUUUGGUGUGAUGGGCAGCCUUCUACUUUUUGAUUUUCAGUACUUCAUUUGGCACAUGAUCCACCACAGAAAUCGAUGGCUAUAUAAGACAUUCCAUGCAAUUCAUCAUGAAUAUAUGGCACCAUUUGCCUUAGCUACCCAGUGUCUUGGUGGGUGGGAACUGGUGACUGUUGGAUUCUGGACCACAAUAAAUCCUAUUAUCUUUAGAUGUCACCUUCUUACAACAUGGAUAUUCAUGGUAUUCCAUGUAUAUGUCUCUGUGGAGGAUCACUGCGGGUAUGAUUUUCCUUGGUCCACAUCACGUCUAAUGCCACUUGGUAUCUACGGAGGGCCAAUAAAACAUGAUGUGCAUCAUCAAAAACCUAUGAGCAACUAUGCUCCUCACUUCACACACUGGGACAAAAUCUUUGGCACGCAUGCAGACUUCGCCUCUGUCAAGGGUAUACUGGAGCUUGAUACCCCUAAUAAAACCUGUUGUGCCAGCACAGAAGAGGAUAGUCUAUAUGAUGAAAGUGUCCCUCCAACAGACAGAGUUGCUGAAGAAAGGAACUUUUAA